CAGUAUUUGUUCGUUUGUUGUUGCGGCAGCCGCCAGUCGGUCCAGUCCGGUCGUUAGUUUUUGUUUUCGUUCAUUUGUUUAUACUCUCGCGGCACUCGCCCCUCCCGUCCCCACAUAACUCGUUUGAAAGGCAGCAAGACCGAGCAAUUGGAAUCAUGGAGGCACUGGGAGAUCUCUUGGCGCCACACAGCGAACUCAUCGCCAAGGUAGCCGGCACCAUUACUACCCUGCAAUUCCUGUCCGGAGUGGUGCUGAUGAACGACAUCCGCAAGAAGGGUAGCAGCGACGUCUACCCCGUGGGACCUUUCCUCUUCGGAGUGGUGCUGACCAUUCUCAGCUUAAAGCUGGCCAGCAUUAUGAACGAUGCUGCCAUGAUCAACACGAAUUUAAUCGGUCUGGCGAUCAACUUCGUCUUCCUGUCCGGAUUUUACUACUACGCCUCGAGCGACAGCAGGAGCAAGAUCUGGAAGCAGAUCGGCUACUCCUCGGUGUUCCUACUGGUCAUCACAGCGUAUGCCAACUUCGAGGAUCCCGCCAAGAUCGAGUUCCGCCUGGGAAUGCUGAUCACCGGCCUCCUGGUGUGGAUGGUGGGCUCUCCGCUGCUGCAUCUGCCGAAGAUCAUUGAGAAGAAGAGCACCGAGGGAAUGCCGUUCCCCAUUAUCUUUGCUGGUAAUCUGGUGGCAUUUUCCUGGACGUUGUAUGCCAUCUCCAUCAAGAAUACUGUGAUGGUGCUGCAAAAUCUAUUGCUGCUGGUCCUGGGCGGCAUUCAGCUCUCCAUGUUCGCUAUUUACCCCAACAAGCCGGCUGCCAAGAAGCCCAAGGACAGCAAGAAGGACAAAUAAUUGAAAUCGAACGCUUUACCUAGAAAAGAGGACAAAUAAUGGGUUGUUGCAACAAUAUUACCAAGUAAUAAGUAGUUAGGCUCGAGGAAUAAUCAAAUUAUUGCUUGAAUUUACACUAAACCGCCACAAGAAAACUAAUUGGAGCUAAACGAAUUAUUUUUCUAUAUAGGAAAUAUUUUCUUAGAACAAAUCCAGCUAACUAAGUUGCUAGCUAACCUAGAAUUGUUAUUAUAUUGACUAUUAUUGUAUAUAACUACUACAUACUUGCAAUUUUUGACAAUAAUUCAAAUCUUCCAAAUGCAUACGUAUUUAUAAAGUCAACAUAAUAUGUAAUAAAACAAUCUGUUACAAAA